CAACGCAUUAAUUUUGUAUCGCGUUACGUUGUCAUAGUGACGGUCUUCUCAAAUACACAGUGGGUCCAUGUGUUAACACUAGAAAGUGUGCAAGAUUAAAAAAAAACAAUAAAUAAUAAUAAAAUAAAAACAAAACACUAUGCAAGAAAUAAGGUUUCAAGGGGCCCCUUUUGGAAGCCAAUCAUCCAGGUUUGAGGUGUCUGGAGUCCAUCAUGGCAACAAGAGAGUGGGAACAUGCUCUCAAAUCUCCUACUGCAAGAGUGAUGACUGGAAAACCAAGGUUGGUCCAGGCACAUACAGGAUCGCCAGUUUCAUUGAGGAACUGGAAAAGAAACCUGGCAGCUUGAGAGGAAUCUGUGAGACCAGAGAGAAGCGGUUUAAAGACGGCAAGAGGUCUACCCCAGGACCAGGUGCUUACGGUAAAGGGGGAAUCCCUUCAUCAGCACUGGAGGAGAAGGAGAGAAUGUCUUUGAGGACCGGUCCCUCCAUGGGCAAUGCCAGUCAUCAUCGCUUUGAUGCAAACACUGUGGACAGUGGCUUGGGUCCAGGUACAUACAAUCUGAAAAGCUCCACUGAGCUGAUACUGAGUCGCAGAGUCAGUAAAAGAAGCCCAUAUGACCCGUCCACUGGUAAGGGAAACAUCUUCACUGCCCCUAAAUGGGUGAGUCCAGGCCCAUGCAUGUACCCCAAAGACUUGCCCAAGUUUGGCGAAGAGCUGCAGAAGCCUGAGAAAAAGAAACAUGGGGUUUUUGGAAUUACAGAGCAAUACCCUGCCAUCCAUACUGAGAGAAUCUACCUAUCCACCUUGUCUCAGUGCCCACGGCCUGUGACAUCUCCAGGCCCAGGUUGGUACAAUAUUAUUCCUAUGACUCCCGAGUAUCGAUUGGGAAGUGGCAAACAAGCCCCUUUCCUCUCCAGUGCCCUACGGAUGAACAUGAGGACAGAGAUGCUGAUGAAUAAAAACCAUAAUCCAGUUGAGCCUGGUCACUACAACAUAGCAGAGUUGAGUCGGAACAAGAAAAAAAAUAGUCAUAGAUCAUCGUUUAUAUCUGGCACCCAGCGCUACCUACACUGCCCGGAAAGAGACAACUUCAUCCAGGAGAGACUCAGGCCUAGCAAUGUUCCUUCGGACAGAAGAUCGUUUCUCUUGUAACCAGAACGCCUUCAAAUGAGUACGAAUUCCAAGGCUGUUGGGCUUAAAGAGCCAAUAUUUUAACUUUGAAAUGCAUUCAUUUCUACUGCAUGAAAUAUCAGCGUGCUUUUGCCACUUGUAUAUUCCAGUGAACUAAACUAAUGCCAAAAUA